AUGAAUGAAGAGGUACCAGAAACGCAACCUAAAUACCGUGCGGGUAGCGCGAGCAGCGGCGGUGUGACGGGCGUGACGCGGCGCGGCCGAUGCAAGUGGUUCAACGUGGCGAAGGGAUGGGGCUUCAUCACCCCGGAGGAUGGUGGACAGGAUGUGUUCGUGCACCAGAGUGUGAUACAAAUGCCAGGCUUUCGGUCACUUGGGGAUGAUGAAUUGGUUGAAUUCGAAUGCAAAGAAUCAGACAAAGGGCUAGAAGCGACACGUGUUUCCGGGCCUUCAUCUGUGGACUGCCAGGGCUCACACCGACGCCCACUUUCUAAAAAACGCUUUAGAAAGAUACGGUGUUACAACUGCGGGGAAUUCGCCAAUCACAUUGCAGCCAAAUGCAGCAUAGGUCCACAACCAAAGAGAUGUCAUAACUGCAAGAGCGAGGAUCAUCUUAUCGCAGAUUGCCCUGUAAAGGUGGAGAAAAAGAAAGAUGAUUCGCAGUCGAAACACUCCAGCAGUUCUCAAGGAAGCCAAGAGGAGAGUCCGCAAUAGCAUCGCAACAGACGCUGUAUAACCGGCUUCGAACAAAAUUUAGUUAGAUAUUAAGUAGAAUUUUAACGUUGUUUUCUGUUUGUAUGACGAUACGUAUACGUAUCAUGGAAAUUUUAUUCGAUUAAUCUUUAUGUUUCGGUAUGCAUUUUUCAUCAAAAUUCUAAAAAACGUGGCCAAAGAAGUCGGUUAUGAAAAUCUUCACACUCACGCCGAAAGAGAGAUGAGCGGAAUUUCUAUAAUCACGUUGAAAUAUUUCUAUAAGUUUUAGUGUCAUGUAACCUUAGUAUGAAAUCCAACUACCUCAUUGAAUAAAGACAAGUAAAAUAUUAUUUUGUAUUUAAGUACAAGACUGAUGAGAACAAAUACAUAAAGUACAAAAAUAUUUUACUUAUAGACUUUUAUGACUUAAGUUUAAAAACGUAACGUAGUACAAAUUUUAUGUGUUCGAGUGUUUUAUACUCUAAUUUUUUUUUACAAAAUAAUUAUACCCAAAGUUGUGUGUCUCUAUGAUAUGACUAUUUUAUAUAUAUGUUAUUGUUAUAUUACGCCCAAUUUUAUGUCAUUUAGGAUUUAUAAUUUAAGUUAUAAGGUAUUAUUUAAUUUUGAAGUAAGGAUAAUUAUAAUACCACCGAAUGUUCAAAUGUUAUUUUAACUGAAGUGCUGUAAAUACCUCUGAUAACAAUAUAAGAGUUCCGAUGGGCGAUGCAAAAAGAAAAAUGAACACUAAAAAGUUUUAGUUUAUCACACGUUACAUAGCAGAAACAAACAAAAUAAAAGGAACGAACGAAAAUACCAAUGGAAUCAUGUAUUCGGCAAACAGGACAACAAUUCAAUGGAAUGAGCGAUUUACAUUUUAAAAUAAUAAUGUAUAUUUAGAUAUACAAGAGGAAAAUGCAUGUUCAUAUUUUUCUUUAAUAUCCAUUUCUACACCAUUUUUUAGUUCUAUUAUCACGUAUUUACUAAUAUAACUAUGGAUAUACCUAAUCACGUGCAUUCCGCAACACAAUUUUAAUUAAAGAUAUCAAAGUUAUUAUUGAAAAGUUGACUGGAAUUGAAAAUCUACUUACUUAAAUAAUAUAAACAUUUUUUGGUUUAUUUUCGCUCGUCUCCGAGAUGCUUAUUUUACAGCUGUUCAUGUUUUUCCUGUUAUAUAAUAACCUGCCGUAAUGUAAAAUUUGGUGAUUUAGCAUGUGAAAUAUUUAUUUUGCUCAAAUUUUGUACAAAUCACUCAGAGCUCGAUGCAAAUUAUUAGGUAAGAAACAUCGAAAACAUCAAAAUUUUCAAACGUCUUAAAAAAAGGAGAGGUUCUCAUUUCGACUGUUUUUUUGGAGGUUAUCUCAGAACAUUCGACAGGGUGAAGCGAUUUUCAUGAUUCCGUUUUUAUUUGAAAACUUAUGCUUCCGUGUGGGCCUAAAUUUAGACUAGUUCUGACAAUUAUAAUGCCGCUUAGUUUUUUUUUGUGUAUAAACAUGUCUAUGAAGUCUAUGCAGUUGAGGUCUAGCAAGAAUACGAAAAAAAUUAAACGAAAACUUACUCAUACCUUUUAAUUUUACACCACAGAAUGUGCAAAUUGUUAAUUAGCAUACAAAUGUUAUCUUUGAAAUCGUAAAAUGACAUUUCCACAUGUAAAUCACGUCCACUGAACGUAAUUUUUAUAAGUAGGUUCAUGUAUUUCUAGUUCCCGAUUGCCUUCGACUGAAGCAAUUUUGAUUGAUGUUAUUUCCACCGAAGUAUUUCAAGCUAUCUACAAACUAGUCAUUAAGAUUUUUUUCCCAUAGACAAGGAUGUUCCGAAUAACUGCAUACAGUAAUGUGACACCCCUCUCGUGUUUUUGUUUUCCUAAAAACUAAGUUUUAAUGUUAAUACACUUAAUUUUCUGAAUAGCUAGUGCGAUGAUAUCCCAACUCUAUUGAAAAAAGUUAUGGAUUUUUAUCGAAGCAUACUAUAUGUAUACUUAUUAGCUUCCUAGCUCAAUAAAAUUUCACUGUUUAUUCCCGUAAGCAAUUAUCUAUCAUAGUUACGCAGUUACACGCCGGGUGCACACGAGUUUAAAUUCAAAGGAAGUCCUUUAUCACGUUAUCAAAAACUUUUUGUCUAAUUGAUGAAGCAAUUAACACAUUCGUGUCACAUUUACAAUCACCCAUGAUAAGUUCUUCCACUACAGAUCUGUUAAAUUUAAUGGUAUUGUAAAAUACACGUCAGUUUAUACAUGUGCGGUUCAGCUUUAAAUUUAAUUGUUUUUUGAAUUAA